UCUACAAUGAAGGCUAAGGUUAGGGUUCUUUGUUUUACAAUGAAGGCUAAGGUUAGGGUUCUUUGUUUUACAAUGAAGGCUAAGGUUAGGGUUCUUUGUUUUACAAUGAAGGCUAAGGUUAGGGUUCUUUGUUCUACAAUGAAGGCUAAGGUUAGGGUUCUUUAUUUUACAAUGAAGGCUAGGGUUAUGGUUCUUUGUUUUACAAUGAAGGCUAAGGUUAGGGUUCUUUGUUCUACAAUGAAGGCUAAGGUUAGGGUUCUUUGUUCUACAAUGAAGGCUAAGGUUAGGGUUCUUUGUUCUACAAUGAAGGCUAAGGUUAGGGUUCUUUGUUCUACAAUGAAGGCUAAGGUUAGGGUUCUUUGUUCUACAAUGAAGGCUAAGGUUAGGGUUCUUUGUUUUACAAUGAAGGCUAAGGUUAGGGUUCUUUGUUUUACAAUGAAGGCUAAGGUUAGGGUUCUUUGUUUUACAAUGAAGGCUAAGGUUAGGGUUCUUUGUUCUACAAUGAAGGCUAAGGUUAGGGUUCUUUGUUCUACAAUGAAGGCUAAGGUUAGGGUUCUUUAUUUUACAAUGAAGGCUAGGGUUAUGGUUCUUUGUUUUACAAUGAAGGCUAAGGUUAGGGUUCUUUGUUCUACAAUGAAGGCUAAGGUUAGGGUUCUUUGUUCUACAAUGAAGGCUAAGGUUAGGGUUCUUUGUUCUACAAUGAAGGCUAAGGUUAGGGUUCUUUGUUUUACAAUGAAGGCUAAGGUUAGGGUUCUUUGUUUUACAAUGAAGGCUAAGGUUAGGGUUCUUUGUUCUACAAUGAAGGCUAAGGUUAGGGUUCUUUGUUUUACAAUGAAGGUUAGGGUUCUUUGUUCUACAAUGAAGGCUAAGGUUAGGGUUCUUUGUUUUACAAUGAAGGUUAGGGUUCUUUGUUUUACAAUGAAGGUUAGGGUUCUUUGUUUUACAAUGAAGGUUAGGGUUCUUUGUUUUACAAUGAAGGGUAGGGUUCUUUGUUUUACAAUGAAGGUUAGGGUUCUUUGUUCUACAAUGAAGGCUAAGGUUAGGGUUCUUUGUUUUACAAUGAAGGUUAGGGUUCUUUGUUCUACAAUGAAGGCUAAGGUUAGGGUUCUUUGUUUUACAAUGAAGGUUAGGGUUCUUUGUUUUACAAUGAAGGCUAAGGUUAGGGUUCUUUGUUUUACAAUGAAGGCUAAGGUUAGGGUUCUUUAUUUCACAAUGAAGGCUAGGGUUAGGAUUAGGGUUCUUUGUUUUACAAUGAAGGCUAGGGUUAGGGUUCUUUGUUCUACAAUGAAGGCUAGGGUUAGGGUUCUUUGUUCUACAAUGAAGGCUAGGGUUAGGAUUAGGGUUCUUUGUUCUACAAUGAAGGCUAAGGUUAGGGUUCUUUGUUCUACAAUGAAGGCUAAGGUUAGGGUUCUUUGUUCUACAAUGAAGGCUAAGGUUAGGAUUAGGGUUCUUUGUUGUACUGUGAAGGAUAACUGUGGAUGGAAAUUGCAUUUUAUAGAAAAUAUAGUACCUUUUUAAUAAAGACUUCUUGAUUUGUAGUUUUUUGAUAAAUACAAUGUUUCUUACAAGUGGGUACCUACCUGUGUUCCAACAGUACUGUGGUAAGGAAAUGUAUUAUUAUAUAGUUUCAUUAUACAAUGACAAAUCGAUGAAAUUGCAAUAUAGCCCUUCUCUCAAACAAGUGAGUUUCUUCAGCCUGAUGGACCGGUUAGUGAUAGGAUUGGCCUAACAAUCUGGCCAUCCAGAAUAACAAAAACACGCUGACUUCUUCCCCAUGGAAGCGCGCACAUCGUCUUUCGUGACGUUCUCAGCUAAUCCAUUUAUACUGUAUGCAGCGUUGACCGUGAAUGCAGUCUCUGCUAACGCAGGAACAUUACCUUCACAUUUCUAACGCGCUGUAGCGCAGACCUUUAGUGCUACGGAUUGAAUCGAGCCCUUAGAGGGCUUGAGUGGCCGUAAUGAACAAAUUAUGUUUUGACAAAGAGAACUACAACUAAAAUUGUUAAGAUAACAUGAUUCAUUUCCUGUUUGAUCCACAUCUGUAGCAGAGGAUGUGUACUGUUUCUAUGUCUCCAGGUUUCAUAUCUCUGGCAACAUGGUCCCUCCCCUUUUCACGUCUAGACCUCCGCAUCUCUAAUGACACCCUACCCUAUAUAGUGCACUACAAAGGCAGAUGGGGGUAAACACGAAAUAGUAUGUGUCGCUGGCCGAUAGUAACGCAGCACGCUGGGGUGUCAUUUCAGAUGUGUUUGUUCAUAUGUGGUCUAUACACCAGAGUAACACUCCCUCUCUGUUGUUCUAGCAAUACAUCUUUGUUUAAACACAGAAACGUUUCUGGGUCGUGUUCAUCUUGGUUAAUGUGUAUAAAUAAUGUGUAUAAAUAAAACUGUUGUUUGGUUAAUACUAAUAA